UAGCCAGAAAGUAACGGGCGGAUAUUUUCAAAAUGGAAGAAAUGUCAGAGUUUUGGAGCGGAACGGGAGCUUUACGUUUGUUUAUCCUCUGAGAGCUACUGCUCCGGGGCUCUAUGCUUUCUAACGACCGAGGAAAAUUUUUACAAGCCUGCGCGGAACUGCGAGGCCGAAACCCGGCAGGAUGAGCGUUUCAAUCGGCGACAAGAUCGAGGAUUUUAAGGUCCUCACCCUCCUGGGCAAAGGCUCUUUUGCUUGUGUUUACCGGGCAAAAUCUAUAAAGACUGGACUGGAGGUUGCGAUCAAAAUGAUCGACAAGAAAGCGAUGCAGAAAGCUGGGAUGGUCCAGCGUGUGACAAACGAGGUGGAGAUUCACUGCCGACUGAAACAUCCUUCCAUCCUUGAGCUCUACAACUACUUUGAGGACAGCAACUAUGUGUAUUUGGUGUUGGAGAUGUGCCACAACGGCGAGAUGAGUCGCUACCUGAAAGAGAGGAAGAUGCCUUUCUCUGAAGACGAAGCCAGACACUUCAUGCAUCAGAUAGUGAAGGGAAUGUUGUAUUUGCACGCUCAUGGCAUCCUGCACCGGGACCUGACGCUGUCCAACCUGCUGCUCACCAGCAACGCCAACAUUAAAAUAGCGGACUUUGGCCUGGCCACUCAGCUCAAGCUGCCCAGUGAAAAGCAUUUCACCAUGUGCGGGACGCCCAACUACAUCUCCCCGGAGGUGGCGACCCGCAGCGCCCAUGGCCUGGAGUCGGACGUCUGGUCUCUGGGCUGCAUGUUCUACGCCUUCCUGACGGGCCGCCCGCCGUUCGACACAGACACCGUCAGGCACACCCUGUCCAAAGUGGUCCUCGGCGACUACGAGAUGCCGAGCCACGUUUCGUUAGAAGCUCAGGACCUGAUCCGCCAGCUGCUCCAGAAGGACCCCGCCGUGCGGCCCAGCCUCUCCGCGGUGCUGGACCACCCCUUUAUGACCCAGAGCCUGCUGGUCAGGACCAAAGAGCUGAGGCUGGGCGACGACAGCUCCAUCGACAGCGGCAUCGCGACCAUCUCGACGGCGGGCACCUCCUCCACUUCGGCGAGCAGCGGCACCCGUCUCCAGCGGCGAACCAAGCACGUGGUCGGCCCGACGCUGCCCAACCGCAUGACGUCCGUUCCCCCGCGCCAGCCCGGCAGCUUCGAGGACGACGACCGGCCGACCCAGCCGUACCCGCUGGACAUCUUCGGCAGAGAGGGCAGGGCGCGGGCUGCUCACGUGGGCGACAGCGGGCGGCCGUACUCCAGGUUCCUCAGGAGGGCUCACUCGUCGGACCGCUGCGGUCCUGCAGAACCGGGGCAGACCUCCUCCCAGCACGAGCUGGGGAGGUGUCAUUCAGAGGAGACUCUGACUGCUGCGGGACGGCCCUUCCUCCCCUCAUCCUCCACUCCUCAUCCGUUUUCAGAUCACGGCAGGCUUCCCUCCCCUCCCGUCAAACAGCCCGCGCACUCCGGCUAUCGGUCCUCUCAGAUGGUUUAUCCGCCAACCUCCCAGUACCAGGACCUGGAGGGAGUUUCUAACUGGCUCAACAGUGAAGGGUCCGGGCCAAGGCCCACUGACGGCAGCGGUGGCAGCUUCCACAGCAGAGGACCUCCAGGGGUUCACGGCUCCUGGUCCGAGCCCGCGGGCCGAGGCCUGCAGCAGCACCCGUAUCCAGAACCAUCCCGGGAGAUCGCACCGGGAACCGACUUCCAGCCUCCUCACAGCCGGGAGCAAAAGCCUCCAUCAGCCAAACCCAGAGGGGAGAAGCAGAAGAGGACGCUGAGAGACGUGGUGCCUCCUCUGUGCGCCGACAGGCUGAAGCCCAUCAGGCAGAAAACCAAAAAUGCAGUGGUGAGCAUCCUGGACACCGGUGAAGUCUGCAUAGAGCUUUUAAAAUCCCAACACGGGCAGGAAAGGGUUAAAGAAGUCCUGCGGAUAUCCUGCGACGGCUCCAUGGUGACCAUAUACGAGCCUAAUGGGGGGAAGGGGUCUCCUGUGCUGGAAAGCCCACCGGCGCUCCCAGAGGAUAUUCUCAUUUGCAGCUAUGAUGACCUUCCAGAAAAAUACUGGAAGAAGUACCAAUAUGCCUCCAGGUUUGUGCAGCUCAUAAAAUCCAAAACCCCUAAAGUGACGCUCUACACCAAGUACGCCAAAGUCAUGCUGAUGGAAAACUCCCCCGGCGCAGACCUGGAGGUCUGUUUUUACGACGGAGCAAAGACCCACAAGACCUCCGAAAUGGUGCGAGUGGUGGAGAAGAGCGGGAAGGCGUACACCGUGAAGGGAGAAGGCGGCCUGAGCGGCCUGAGUCCCGAGAGCAGGCUCUACGUGGAGCUGUCCGACGAAGGCCACAGCAUGUGUCUGUCACUAGAGGCCGCCAUCACGGCAGAGGAGCAGCGAAGCGCCAAGAAGGUCCCCUUCUUCCCCAUAACCAUCGGCAGGAGACCGGCCAGCUCAGAGUCUUCCUCCUCGGCGGCGGUGCCAUCACAGCCGGUCCCUCCGGAUUCAGCCACACCUCCUAAACCUCCACAGAUCACUCCUUCAAUGAUUUCCUACGACGGGUCAGAUUUCACCUCGGCCAGCGUGAGCAGGAAGCCCUCUCCGGUCCGGCAGGACUUGGCUCAGAGCGCGGGGAAGGUGGUCAAGUCAAUAUUCGUGCCCAACGUGGGAUGGGCUUCGCAGCUGACGAGCGGAGAGGUGUGGGUGCAGUUCAACGACGGCUCUCAGCUGGUGGUCCAGGCGGGCGUGUCCUGCAUCACGUUCACGUCUCCAGAGGGCCGGAUCACCAGGUACAAGGAGAACGAGAAGCUGCCGGAGCUGGUGAAGGAGAAGCUGCACUGCCUCUCCACCAUCCUGGGACUGCUGGCGAACCCGGCGCCGCGUCACCCGCGUUAGCAUUCAGGAACAUUCGCUGUAAAUAUUCCCUUCUGUGUUUGUCGCCUGUUUUUUUACGUGUGUACAGAGGACUGAUUAUGAAAAGAUUUUAUUUUUCUAAUGUGUUGUAUAGUGUCUAAAAUAGCCGUUGGAAACGUUUUUUCCCCCCUUGUCUUCAUGAACUUUGUGACGCAAUAAACAUCCGGAGGUGGAGAACGGGA